GGCGCGCAGGCAGGCAGGAGGAGGCGGCCAUGGCCUCGCAGAACGCCGACCCCGCCGCCGCCCGCGGCCCCCCGCGCAAGGCCGCCGAGCCCGGAGCAGGCGCCGCCCGCGGGUCCGUCCGCAGCAGGCUGCAGAAGGAGCUCAUGACGCUGAUGGUCUCCGGCGACCGCGGCAUCUCGGCCUUCCCCGAAUCGGACAACCUCUUCAAGUGGAUCGGGACCGUCGACGGGGCCCCCGGGACGGUGUAUGAAGACCUGCGCUACAAACUCUCUUUGGAGUUCCCCAGCGGGUACCCCUACAAUGCUCCCACCGUCAAGUUCCUCACCCCCUGCUACCAUCCCAACGUGGAUCUGCAAGGGAAUAUCUGCCUGGAUAUCUUGAAGGACCAGUGGUCAGCGCUCUACGAUGUCCGGACCAUCCUGCUGUCCAUCCAGAGCCUGCUAGGGGAACCCAACAUUGAGAGUCCCCUGAACACAGACGCAGCAGAGCUGUGGAAGAACCAAGCAGGUGAGUGUUCUUGCUGCUGGGUCUGGGGGGGGGGGAGGGAGGGAUCGGGCUCCUGGGCAGUCAAGGGCCUCAGACAUAUAUGAAGAACAGGCAUCGGGCCAAUGAGUUGCAGCACGAGACAGGGGAGUCGGGGGCUGGGAGGCCUUGGCCCCCUUUCUGUCCGAGCUCUUUGAUGCCCCCUGCCGAAUCACAAACUCCUCACCGUUCUUAAGGCCUAGAAACUCUAGCGGCAGCUUUGGGGUGGAGGCCUGUGCCUCGUGCAAGGCGCUUGCUGCUCUCCCGCGUGCAGGGGCUGGGGAGUGGCAGGCGGGUGCGCUCGCUGCAGGAGGGGCCCCUUUCUGCCGGGUCUCUGAGUCGUGCGUCCCGAUUCUUCCUACAGCCUACAAGAAACGUCUCCAUGAAUCCUAUGCAAAACAUGCGAAGAGCCAGGAGCCCUGACCCGUCUCCACCCUGGUGGUGGCUGUUUCCUCCUCCUCUCCUUGUACGUUCUGACUAUGAAUGCCACUUUGUAUUAUAGGUUGCUUUUAAAUUUAUUUGGCGUUCAGACCCGCCAUUUAAUGUAUAAAUAAAUGUUUGUGGUGUUUUCUAAUGUGA